AUGAGUACAAUGCUUACGCGAGCUCCGCGUUCUUGGAGCAUUCGAGGAAUUACUCACACUCGCUUAUUGUCAACGCUCGAAGGACAUCCCCAUAUAUAUACCUUUCCUGACAAUGCAAGACCAGGAAGCCAUAUUUUAUCCUUGCUUUCAUCGGACCCGCCUAAUCGGGACCUAGCCAUUGGCAGCACAUCGAAGCUGCCCCCUACGCCGGAAUCGUUUACCCAGAAUUCAAAUUUUCUCAAGAUAUUAGAUGAAGUGGUCUCUGAGCACGCCACUAAAGACCCUGAAGUCCAAUCGCAGGCUCAAGUUAUGGUAUCCACUGCAGGCGCAAAUUUGGGUUCUGGAGGCAUAUUCUUCGCGCCUCAGCGGAGUCGAAAGCACAGACAUGGCUACGGACAGGGCGGAAGCGCUGGUGGCGAUUCCGCUGGUGGUGCAAGUGGACAAGGUGGUGCUGGCUCAGGUGGCCGCGGGGGUUGGAUUCAUGUAUCGGACAACCGUCGGCCACCGGAGUAUGGGCGGAUUGCAUGGCCCGAGGAUAUUUUCGGCAGUGUAGAAGUUGACAGCGAAGGGAAGUUUGUCGGCAGCAAUGGAAAUUAUCAAUCAAGUGGCACGUAUCGAAUAGUGACUCGCGACGGAAUACUCGGACUGAGCCCUUUCUUGAGAGAGAAGCUUGUUGAACGACUGCGCAGAGACCAGUGA